CUCAGAGUCAGAUCGACGAUUCUUUCCGGAGAUUCCCGAGCACCUCCGAUCUCAAACGGUCCACAAAGCCGACACCAACCGAAACUCUCCAGUUCUACUCCCGAUCCGGCCCUACUGAAGUGUGUUGCUGUCGGGUUUGAGAGCUGAUGUGUGUGUGGUGGACGAGAUUAAUGAAAUAAUAAUAACAAUAAAAAAAGGAGAUUUCCAGAAAGCAUCCCUCCUGAGCCCCUCCCAGUCCACUGCUUUUCGGAUCCGAAGCUUGACAAAGAGACCGAGUAUUCAAGAUGAAAGUAAUCAGCGCUGCAGCGCUUAGCGCCCUGUUCUGCACCGUUGUGUCAGCAUCUUUGAAAGUCAAAGAGGAACACAGGACAGCCUUCUUUGGGGAGAUCAUUCACAUCGAUGUCCCGCCCGGGAACCUCGGUGAGGUUGUGUUCAAACCUAGGACCAACCGCAGCUCUGAGGUGGUUCUGCUGCGAGCGGGCCUGGUGGUGAAUCCACGGGGCCGUCUCAACUCCCUGGGCCACCUGGUGCUGGAGAACGUGCAGGAGGAGGACGAGGGGUUGUACGUCAUCAAGAACGCCAACCACCCCAACCCGGCCAAGCACCUCAUCCUCAUUGUCAGGGACUGCGCUUUGGAGGAACGGGUGAAGUACGGAGAAACUUACUUAAUCUAUCUCAACCACGUGGAAGGCCCCAUCACCCUGGAGUUCAGGUCCAGUCUGGUUCAGGCCAAUCACACCGAGAUGCACCACGCAACAGAGGCUCCACCCGUGGUGCUGUACAACCAGACGGCGGUGCUGGCAGAAUAUGUGGGGCGUCUCAGCGUGUCGGAGAAACGGGUGACGCUGCACUCGGUCCGGAUGACGGACGAGGGGAGCUUUACGGUGCUGGACCGUGAGGGCAAAAUCCGGAGGAGGAACUGUCUGAACGUCAGAGAGCACCAGAACUUCAUCCACCAGUCCCAUGGAGAGAACCUGAAGAUGAAACUCUACCUGCACCACUCCAAUGUUAACGUUGUCUUCAGGCCCAAAUCAGACAAUCAGGACCGGGUCAUCCUGGACCAGGGGGUUCUGGUGACGCCGAUGGACCCUCUGCUGGAGGGCAGGCUGACCGUGGAGGGAUCCGAGCUCAUCAUGAAGAAGGUCCGCGUGACCGACACGGGGGUCUUCAAAGUGACGGACCUGGCUGGGUUUCCUGUGGCUAACUUUUACCUAGAGGUCGACGCCUAUAAGCUGCCUCCGCUGACCGUCGCCAUCCUCUCCCUGCUGAGCGUGAUCGCCUUCAUGCUGCUGCUGUGCCUGCUCUCAUGUGUCUACAGAGUGCACAAGAGGAACGAGAAGAACAAGAAGCUGAUGCUCCUCGCUCAGCAGGCCGGCAAGGGAGACGGAGAGGCUUUCAGACAGGUAGUCCAGGAUGCUUACACCAGGUUCACUGAGGAAUCUCUGACGCAGUCUAUGUGUGAGAAGACCUCGGAGUGCACAGAGGUCACAAUCAAGGGCCUCGAGGUGUCCAAACCGGGCCGCUACCACACUCUCUCCUCAGACAAUUUUCUUGAGAUGAGCGACUCUGGGGUGGAGUUCACAACCUCUGGCCUCCCACUGGACAGCGACACUGAUGGUGUGAUGACCUACGCCUCCCACAAGCUCCUCCUGAAUGCCGUCUCCCCUACGGCCGUGACCGAAGAGGUUCCCUCCGACAGCCCGGAGGCCACCGCGGUCCCCCACGGCGACCUCAGCACCAGCCGGACCCCUGACUCCGCCAUGAGCGCCAGCCCCGCCUCCAACCCUCGCUCACUUGCAGCCGCCACCCCCGACGGCAGCCUGCACGGCGCUGCGUCGCCGGGAACGGCCUCCAUGGGCAACGCCGGGUCGGAUUCAGCCAAAAUAGAGGGAGGGGCUGAGAGCGAAGAUGCCGGGCAGAAGGAGGAAUCAGCUCAGAGCACCUGAGAGGAUGCACCAGGGUGUGUUUUAGCUCAUGGUCCUCAUACAGUAACGACAUCAAUCCGGUUCUGUCUUUCAUAUCCAAACACCACCGAGUCCUUCAUCACUGCAUUUGAAACAACAUCAUGGACAUAACAUUCAUGCUUGGAUUCAGAUGUCAGUUUAGCCUAAAAAGAAAAAUGAUGAAAAGGCAGUCGCACAAAAUGCACAACACAAAAUCUAACGCACUGAAAAAUUAGAUGCAAAAGAAUAACCCCGAGCUGUUUUAUCAAAAGAAGAACAAAACAGUUCUGUGCAUAUGGAAAAUGCAUGCAUUUAAAUGAAACAUUAAAGUAGAUAUCAUAGUUCAGAUCUACAUGAAUAAAACUGAUGGUAGAGUAGACUGCAUGCGAGCUUCAACGGGCCGAAGACGCACAGGUUCCUAAAAGAAGUUGUGAUGAUGUGAAAAGGGUCAAACACUCUCAGCACUUUCAGGAAAACACCUAAAUGGGAUCAAAUGAUUUCACCUCCUGAAAAAAACAAACAAAACAAUGCCAGGAGUUUGUCGGCUGAAGUCAUACAUUAUUUUAAGAUCCCAAGGCUACUAGCAGCAAAGAGUUCCUCCUGUACUGAGGCGGAUCUCAGUGUGUUGCCUCUGACAGCACUUUCGUCUGCUCUCACGGCAUCAGACCAACACCGCGAUGAUUGCAUUUCAUCCCACCCAUACACAGACUCUAUUAUUAACAAGCGUGUCAGAGAGCGUCCCCGCCUCUCAGACAGAAGCGCUUGUCUCAGCACUCAUUCACUGAUAUCCACGAGAAAAAUACAACAAUUCUAUUCUUUCUGGAAAAACCUGCAAACUGAAACAAGCUCUGUAGAUCGAAUAUACCGCCGCUCCCAAUCGAGCGCCGGCGGUUGUUUUCCUUUCUCUCAUGUCUCUUGGUGUCAAACCUUCCACAUUCGAAGGCGUCAUCUAAUAGGAACCUGUGGAGACAUCCACCUCAUCUCACUAAUGAUGAAAUUCCAGAGAAAACACCCACAAGAACGACAGCUAACUGUAGAAACUCUCCUCAUCUGUUUUUAUUUUUUCCCCCCCGCCCCCUCAAUGGAGUUGUCACGAGCCCUGUCAGAGCGAAAAUAAAAUUAGGAAGAAGACUGCGCAACACUUCUGGGACUUUUUUGGAACAGCUCCCGAGAACAUAAUUGGAUUCUUAGUCUUAGUCUUUGCAGGAGGACAGAUUCACAAGACACUGUAGUAGAGCGAGGAGUGGCGAUGAAAGAGACAAACGACAGAGAUGGAACAGGGUGCUAUCCGGGGGAGAACAGAUAAAUGACUCGCAUGAUUUAAAAGCGUCCCAUUCUCAUCUCGGCUCCCAUCCAUCCAUCGGACGGAGCUCUGAUUAUUGUAGCCCAGUUGUUUGCCAAGAUGAAGUGACUGGAGAGCAGGUGGAUCAAUCUGAGAUAACGAUGCAGCCUAUAGCCCCGACAGAAUGAGAGUGAAUAACAGUGAUUAUGAGAGCUCUUUCAGCUCAUGAAAGAUAGGAAAUGAAAAAGAGGACGGUAUAAAAAUCCAGAAUUAAUGUUAAUAUCAAUAACUGAAAGAUGGUGAGUCCUUCCAUUUACUGCUCAUGCUCGAUGAAUCCAAACCCACUAACUGUGCAACAUACAGUUAAAUACGCUCCUACGGACUGCACCAGUAAUAGUGUGUAGUCUGUAAAGUAUAAGGUCAAAUGUUUACAACCACUAAAUGUAUUCAGCUAUUCUGUGACACCUUUUAUUGAGUCAAAUCCCAAUAACUGACAGUUCACACUUUAGAUGUGAUUACUAUCAAAAGCUCUGAAGCAGGAGUUCUCAAACUUUUUGGGGCCCCUUAAAGGGAAGAAAACUUUCCAAGGACUCCCUCUUAAUUGUAAUUAAUCAGAAGCGAUUAAGCAUAUGCUUACAAUCUUGUAUUCGUAGGUGCCAUUAGAACUAUUUCUAUUCUAAAACUUUUCAACCUAAAGACUUCAGACCUGUUUCAUAGUGAUAAAGAGAAAUGUGGAUCAUGUUAAGAUAAGAUGAAAAAAUCCAAUAUUAGUCAGACAUCAGGGAAAUUUGCAAUGUUAUUGAAUAUUAAUACCACUUAUAUAUACUUUUAAAUAUAGUCAUUUUAUUCAAAUUGCAUUUGGACUCAUCUUGACAGCAUUUAUAGCCUACAUUUUUAAGUAAUUGAUCACAAGAGCUUUAGAAAAUGAACAGUAGAAAGACUUACAUAGUCCUAAUACAUCCAGAUAUUUAAACCUACCAGUCUAAAGCUGAUUCAACUUCAAAAUAAUGAACUUAUUGACGUGUGUCACAAUCAUAUCUGGUUUCUAUUGGCCCAAAGCUAACGUGGGUGGGAGUAAUGGACACAAUGUGCUUGUAUUAUUGGCGCAAUUGGUUAAUUUAUUGCUAAAGACACAAGUGAUGGACCACAGAAAUACAGACGAGAGAGUGGAGAGACGGUGGCGUGAGUAGAGUCAAUUUAGAUUGAGCUCUUGCAGCCUUAACAACUGCUUUUGACUAAUCAGCUCCCGUUGCUUGCUGUGGAAGAAGCCUGUGGGCUAAUUCAGUAUUUUCAUGUCACAGAAUGAGAGCGAGACAUCUCACCGCUGAGGAAAGUCGGUCCCAAACAUGUCCUCCCCUCCACAGGGCCACAAACAGUCUGUGAUGCUAACAUAGAGCUCCUUGCACAACAUCAAUCACCUUCUGAAACACACCAAAAACACACAGUGAUCAUCCUCAUAACAUGGCUCUACUGUCCCCGAGGAUCCCAUUUAGAUGUCCUUGUUAUUGUUGCCACUGACAGCUGUCGGCAGUAGGGCUACCUCAUGCUGUAACGGAAUUGAUGUCAACCUGGAAAGUCUGCAAGAUGUACGACCUUAUACCUCUAAGGGUUACUAAAAGCAGUCAGACACACACAGAUGUUUGGUGUCUGGACAAGAAAAGCACAAAAUUUAACGUGAUCCUUUUGAAACUACAGAGGUCAAAUGUUGAAUAUAUGAAUCAUGAGUGUGUAAAAUGACUUGUAUAUCCUACUCGUCAUUGAAUUAUUGAUUUUAUAAAUUGCUGUUUUGUUGGAACUUUAUCAGAUCAACCCGAUCUCAUGGGACAGCCAGCAACAAAUGUUGGCAUGGGACAUUUUUGCAAACCAGGGAUACGUUUUUGCAUUUGGUUUGAGCAAGUGACGUAGUUUAAAUAGCAAAAAUAGACACACCGGGAGAGUGGGUGGGGAGGUGGAUGGGUCCAAUAAACACAAGGCUUUCAUCCAGGAGACCGCUGUUUGUGUCCCGGGCAUCACGUUACAAUCAGCUGUUCGUUCAUGUCACGUGUUCACAACGUGCAGAGUCAUUUUUACAGUACAAACGUAGUAGUUUUAAGCGCAACCAUGUAGUUCUUUCCUAAACCUAACUAUAGAGGUUUGGUUGCAUCGUUACGGUUGUUGCGUUACAUUGUUACGUUGUUACAUUGUUACAUUGUUACGUUGUUACACUGCUAUGUUACGCUGCCAUGUUACGCUGUUACAUUACGUUG